AUGGCCAAACUGCCCUUUGGAUGUGCUUCAGCGCUUGGUCCAGGCGCCCAGGACAUGGUCGCUGUCCACAUGUUCAGGCUCUAUGAGAAGUAUAGCAGGCAUGGAACCCUGCCUGGAGAGGGCAACACAGUCCGCAGCUUUCGGGCCCGGCUGGAAGUGGUUGACCAGAAGGCCUUGUACAUCUUCAACUUGACUUCUAUGCAGGAUUCAGAAAUGCCUCUUGCUGCCACCUUUCACUUCUACUCUGAGCCACGGUGGCCCUGGGCACAUGAUGCACUGUGUAAGCGGUCAAAGAAUGUGUCCUGCCGUUUGUUGCUCCCAGGCCCCCAUUCCCGUCUCCACCUCCUCUUCCACAGCCUCUCACAGAGCACAGCCACCCAGGGGCUACUUCGAGGGGUCAUAGCCCUGGCCCUCCCACCACAAGCCCUGUGGCAGGCCAAGGAUAUCUCCUCCAUCAUUAAAGCGGCCCGCCAGGAUGGUGAGCUGCUUCUUUCAGCCCAGUUGGAUGCUGGGGAGAAGAAGCUGGGAGUGUCCAGGCCCAGUCUCCACGCCCCCUACAUCCUCAUCUAUGCCAAUGACCUGACCAUCUCCGAACCCAACAGCGUGGCAGUGACACUGCAGAGAUAUGACCCCUUCCCAGCUGGAGACCCUGAGCUGCAUGCAGCUCCCAACAGUUCCACAGAUCCCCGUGUGCGCCGGGCUGCCCAGGCCAGUGGCCCCCUCCAGGACAAUGAGCUGCCAGGGAUGGACACAUGGUCAGGGCCUGCCCAUAGUGCUCAGCGCUACCAUAAACCUGAGUUCUGGCCCAGCCCCUUUCGGGCACUGAAGCCCCGGCCAGCACGCAAGGACCGCAAAAGGAAAGGCCAGGACCUGUUCAUGGCCUCUUCACAGGUGCUGAACUUCGAUGAGAAGACCAUGCAGAAAGCACGGAGGAAGCAGUGGAAUGAGCCACGAAUCUGCUCACGGAGGUAUCUGAAGGUAGACUUCGCAGACAUCGGGUGGAAUGAAUGGAUCCUCUCACCCAAGUCCUUCGAUGCCUAUUACUGCUCAGGAGCCUGUGACUUCCCCAUGCCCAAGAUUGUCCGCCCUUCCAACCAUGCCACCAUCCAGAGUAUUGUAAGGGCUGUGGGCAUCGUCCCAGGCAUCCCAAAGCCCUGCUGCGUUCCUGAUAAGAUGAACUCCCUGGGGGUCCUUUUCCUGGAUGAGAACCAGAAUGUGGUUCUGAAGGUAUACCCCAACAUGUCUGUGGAGACCUGUGCCUGCCGGUAA